AUGAUUCAGCCUUAUCGUAGCCGAUGCCGAUUUGUCAAGAUCACAGGCCGAGCCGGUGCGGUGAUUUGUGUUGAUGUUGUCGAAGAGGCAGUCGAGUUCAACCGACGCCCGAUUGCCUUGUUUUGUACGUGUGUGAUGUGUUGUACCCAAUGCACUUGCCUCAGCAGCACCUUCAACUGGAUCCUGGUCGCAUGGCUGGCACACGCCAUGGCCAGGGAAUGCAAUCCGUCCGUGCGAAGUCUGUCAAAGAAGGUGUCGUCGUCGCCGGUUGUCGUCGUCGCCCGUCUGACCGGCAUUCAGCCGAGGUACCACGUUCAAACGCCGAUGCAGCUGGCCACGUUUCUAGUGGACAAGUGCUACAAGGGCUGUGACGAGCUCGGCGAGGGGCUGUCCGUCAGCCUCGGCCUUUUCAAGGGCCACGAGCAGCUGUCCGAACGGACGUGGUGUCUGUCGGCCCUGUUCCUCGACCACCACUCAAAAUACAUGCUCUUUCUUGAUCCGUUCGGCGUCGACACUCGACGUUUCACGGCACGUUACAAGGCUGAGAAAUGGUCGACCUUGGUGCAGAAAAAAAUCACCAGAAUUAUGAAGAGAAGUAAGUACUACGAUGGCCGCUGCCCCCCUGUCACAGCUGCCUGA